AUGGGCAUCGAUGAUCACGACACGUUCAGCGGGCUGACGCAGCUCCACAAAGCGGCAGCGGAGGGCGAUUUGAAGAAGGUCAUCGAGUGCCUCGACUCUGGGGCGGACAUUUCGAUUCGCGCGUGCGGAGAGAGUAACGCCGGGAAGACGGCGGCGAUGUUCGCGGCGUCCGGUGGACACGUGGACGUCUUGAAGGCUAUGCAGCGGGGGUCGUCUCUCCUGGAUCUGCAGAGCGCGGAUGGGGGGACGCCGGCGAUGAGCGCGGCGGCGCACUCGUACGGCGACGUCUUGCAGUACUUGAUCGAAAAGAAGGUCAACUUGAACGCGCAGGACGAAGAUGGGUGGACGGCGCUCAUGUACGCGGUGUGCGCUGGGAACGUGAAUAACGUUGCAAGACUUGUCGCUGCUGGCGCUGACACGAAGAUUAAGAACAAUGAUGGAGAAACCGCGAUCCAACUUGCCGACGGUAAGCACAAGGAAAAACUGCUCGAGGCGCUCGGUGGGAAGUUGGCGCCGAUCAAUGAGGGUAAGAAGAAGGGUUGCUGCGUGAUGUGA